AUGGUUCGAAGAGGAGGCGCUGCACCAAAUCGAGGCGGAAGCGCGCCACCAAGUCGAUCUGGAGGACCGCCAAUGGGACGAUCAACCGCGCCAACACCGUCAGCCCCUGUUCAUCACGCCCCACCAGCUCCUUCACCAAUGGCUGCAGCUCCAAGCCAGGGACCAGGUCUUUUCGCACAAAUGGCAGCAACAGCCGGUGGAGUGGCGAUCGGAUCUGCUGUUGGACACACUGUUGGUCACAUGUUGACAGGCGGCAGUAGGUCUUCCGAAACAGCUCCAGCUCAACAACAAGCUCCUCAACAAGCUCCUCAACAACCUCCUCAACAAAGUUAUCAACAGCCUUGUGAAUUCGAGUGGCGUCAAUUCAUUGAAUGCUCUCAAAAUCAAUCUGAUGUCUCUCUUUGCAAUGGAUUUAAUGAAGCUUUCAAACAAUGUAAAGCAAGAUCUGCA